AUGCCCGUCGCUGCCUCGCCCCGCACGCUAUACGACAAGAUCUGGGACGACCAUGUCGUAGACAUCCAAGACGAUGGACUCGCGCUAAUCUACAUCGACCGCCACCUUGUUCAUGAAGUCACGAGUCCACAGGCAUUCGAGGGGCUGAGAAAUGCUGGCCGGCCUGUGCGCCGCCCGGAUUGCACUCUUGCGACCGUCGACCAUAACAUUCCCACUGUCGACCGGAAAUCUUUCAAAGACGUAAAGUCCUUCAUUGACGAGCCAGAGUCACGCGCCCAGUGUGCCGCCCUGGAGGACAACGUGAAGGAGUUCGGGCUCACAUAUUUUGGUAUGACGGAUAAGCGACAAGGCAUCGUCCAUGUCAUCGGUCCCGAGCAGGGCUUCACGCUGCCUGGUAUAACCUGUGUAUGCGGGGACUCCCAUACAUCCACUCAUGGCGCUUUCGGCUCUCUGGCAUUUGGUAUUGGAACAUCGGAAGUCGAACAUGUGCUUGCUACCCAGACCCUCCUGCAAAAGAAAGCCAAAAACAUGCGCAUUACUGUCGACGGCGACUUGCUUGAAGGUGUUACCUCCAAAGACGUCAUUCUCCACAUUAUUGGGGUGAUCGGCACUGCGGGUGGAACUGGCUGCGUUAUUGAGUAUGCUGGGUCUGUGUUUCGUGGAUUCUCCAUGGAGGCACGCAUGAGCGUCUGUAACAUGAGUAUAGAGGCUGGUGCUCGCGCUGGCAUGGUCGCCCCAGACGAAAUCACCUUUGAUUACCUCCGAAGUCGUCCAUUGGCGCCAAAGGGUGAAGCCUGGGACCACGCAGAAACCUAUUGGCGCUCUCUCAAAACCGACGAUGGCGCGAAAUUCGACAUCGAAGUCAACAUCCCUGCCUCCGACAUUAUUCCCACUGUGACUUGGGGCACCUCCCCUCAAGACACCGUCCCCAUUACUGGCUCCGUCCCUGAUCCAGCAACUAUUGCGGACUCUGUCAAACGGGCUUCGGCAGAGCGUUCGUUGACGUAUAUGGGUCUCACUCCCAACACUCGAAUGGAGGAUAUCAAAGUCGACAAAGUUUUCAUUGGGUCGUGUACCAAUAGCCGAAUCGAAGACUUGCGAUCUGCCGCAAAAAUCGUCCUUGCUGCGGGUCCCAAUGCUCAGGUUGCUUCUGGAGUGGAUGCUAUGGUUGUCCCUGGCUCUGGUCUGAUCAAGAAGCAAGCCGAGGCAGAGGGACUUGAUUCGCUCUUUAAACGCGCUGGUUUCGACUGGAGAGAGGCUGGUUGUUCGAUGUGUCUGGGUAUGAACCCUGAUCAGCUUUUGCCUGGUCAACGUUGCGCGAGUACCAGCAACCGCAACUUCGAGGGUCGACAAGGUUCAGGUGGUCGAACUCAUCUGCUCAGUCCAGCAAUGGCAGCCGCCGCCGCGAUGACAGGCAAGCUCACUGAUGUCCGCAAAUUUAUGGGAGCAGUCGCUGAAGCCAAUAUUGCUGCCGCACCGAAACUGAAGGUUGCGAGUGCUUUCGACUUUUUGGAUGAUCCUGUUCUCCCUGCCCCAGAACCACUAGCCAUCUCCCCAGCCGUGCCCACCACCCUCCCUUCCUCAGAUGCUCCCUCAACCGUUCAGAAAUUCACCGUUUUAAAAGGCAUCACUGCGCCGUUGCAUAUCGAAAACGUUGACACCGAUAUGAUCAUUCCCAAACAAUUCCUCAAAACCUUGAAGCGCACCGGCCUUGCCGAUGCCCUCUUCUUCACUCUCCGAAAGGACCCUCACACGGGCAAGGAUACCGACUUCGUCCUCAACCGUGAGCCGUAUAAUCGCGCCAAGAUUCUCCUCUGUACGGGCAAGAACUUUGGCUGCGGCAGUUCCCGUGAACAUGCACCAUGGAGUUUGAAUGACUUUGGGAUCCGUUGUAUCAUUGCACCAAGUUUCGCCGACAUUUUCAAGAACAACUCGAUGCAGAAUGGGAUGCUGCCUGUCGCGCUGUCUGUCGAAGAGUGUCGCAGUCUGGCGGCUGAUGCUGAAGCUGGACUGGAAUUGGAGGUCGAUCUCGAAGCGCAGGAGAUCCGACGACCCAAUGGCCAGCCAUCAAUUCCGUUCACAGUGGACCCUUUCAGGCGGCAUUGUCUGAUCAAUGGAUUGGAUGAUAUCGCACUGACAAUGCAGCGUGGGGAAGCAAUCAGCGCGUUUGAGAAACGAAGGAGCGAGACGUGGUCGUGGCUAGAUGGAUUUGGAUUCAAGGGUGCCCGAAUCCCAGUCUCGCCAGCGAAGGUAAAGAGCGGUAAGAAGAUGGAGUGGUAG